AUGAAGACCAUACUUAUCCUCGGAGGAUCCUUUACCGGCGUCGGUACUGCCCACCGAAUCCUCAAACAAGCCUCCAAAACCGGACCGGCCGUCAAGAUUAUUCUUGUGUCCCCCAAUACCCAUCUCUACUGGAACAUCGCCGCUCCUCGAGCUCUCUUACCAGGACAAUUUACAGACGACAAGGUCUUCCAGUCCAUUGCCGAAGGAUUCAAACAGUAUCCAAAGGAUCAGUUUGAGCAUGUUAUCGGGUUUGCGAGCAGUCUUGAUGUAGCCAAUCGGAAAGUGGAAGUUUCUGUCGAUGCCGAGGGGACAAAAUCAGUGACUACAGUCAGAUUUGACUUUUUGAUUAUUGGCACAGGAUCCAGAAGCAAAGAGUUUGGUGAAGAUGUCAAGGCGCCAUUCAAAGGGUUGGGUUCAACGGAGGCGACAAAGAAUGCCCUGCAUGAGUUUCAGGAAUUGGUGAAGAAUGCGAAAACGAUCGUUGUUGCUGGUGCUGGUCCGACUGGUGUUGAGACUGCUGGUGAAUUAGGUUAUGAGUAUGGAAAGAACAAGAACAUUAUUCUAGUCACGAGUGGCAAGACCGUGCUCGAAACCGCCAUAUCUAGCGUAUCCAAAACAGCACUGGGCAUGCUUCGAGAUUUGAAUGUCGACGUCAAACUGCAAACCAAAGUCGAUCGGACGAACCGCGAAGGAGCAAAUCAAUUCGAAAUAUCCCUUUCUGACGGAAGCAAACUAUCCGCCGAUCUUUACAUACCCACAUCAGGCAUUGUUCCCAACUCGUCAUACAUACCUGACAAAUACCUCAAUGCAAAUGGCUUCGUCAAGGUGGACGAAUACCUCCAGGUGAAGGGUCUCGAGGACCAGCACGUCUGGGCUAUUGGGGAUGUCUCUGACCUUGAGUCACCGCAGUUGAUGGUCGCGGAUAGGCAGUCUGGCCAUUUGACGAAGAAUAUAGGUUUUAUCUUGGACAAUAAGGCUGCCCUUCCGUACAAGGAAGGUAUGCGUGGUAUGGGAUGCCAGAUUGGCAAAAAGGCCGGCACAGGACAUCUGGGUUGGGUCAAAUUGCCAAGUUUUAUGGUUUCAUUUUUGAGGAAGAACUUGUUUGUUGAGAGGCUGGCAUCGACGGUGGAUGGUUCUGCGUAUUGA